AGAUAUUUGCACUCUAUUACCUUGCAGCAUUCCUGCAGUGCAAUAUUUAAUUAUUUAUUACAACAACAGUAGUAAGUAUCCAUACAUCCGCGCUUCGGCAAUUGCUUAAAGACAAAAGUAAUGGAAAGUUUCAAACCAAGCAUCUCUACGUCAACCAUACUUCUCAAUCUUCUUUUUCACGGCCCUAAUAGUUCCGGUAGUUGAUAAAUCCACUUCAGCAUUAAAAAAAAGGGAAAAGAGGAUAUAAUAAGAAAAAUCAAAGCUGACGCCUUGACCUGUGCUGAAGUCUUCCUUUCAUUUCUGUCCCGUGUUCAUUGAAGUCCACACAGAGUCUAGUUUCAAAAGAUGCAAUAAUCAUAGCAGAUACUAAGCCCCAAUCACCAUAUUUCCAUGGAGAUUCCUAAGCUCCACAUAAUUCAACACUCUCGCUGUAUACCACUUCUUUUCCUUCUUCAGCUCUCGUCACUGCAGUUCGCCUCACUCGGCUACAACGUCCCAGAUAAGUACUUCAUAAAUUGUGGGUCAGACGACAGUGUCACCGAAAGUGGCAAGGUCUACGUUGGUGAAUCAACACUUCAAGCCACUUUUAGCAGCAGUAACACAGAAAGGAACCAGUCAUCGGUUCCUUCUCCUCUUUACCAAACAGCAAGGAUUUUUCGAAGGGACUCUUGGUAUAAGUUCGACAUCGAUAAAAAUGGGACCUACCUGGUACGCCUCCAGAAUCAUUCACCGUGAUGUAAAGUCCACAAACAUAUUGCUUGAUGAGAACCAUGUUGCUAAAGUUGCUGAUUUUGGUCUUUCAAGGUCAGGUCCUGCUGAUACUCAGCCUCAUGUCACCACUGGUGUUAAAGGCACUUUUGGGUAUCUUGAUCCUGAGUAUUUUAGGUCGCAACAGCUGACAGAAAAAUCUGAUGUCUAUUCAUUUGGAGUAGUUCUUUUGGAAGUGUUGUGUGCAAGAGCAGUGAUUGACCCAUCUCUUCCAAGAGAUCAGAUCAACUUGGCAGAAUGGGGAUUGCUUUGCAAAAACAAGGGGAUACUCCAAGAGAUCAUCGAUCCUUCCAUCAAGGACCAAAUUGAUCAAAACUCACUCAGAAAAUUUAGUGAGACGAUAGAAAAAUGCUUGCAAGAAGAUGGUUCUGAUAGGCCAUCCAUGGGCGAUGUGUUGUGGGACCUGGAGUAUGCGCUGCAGCUUCAGAAAGGUGCAAAUGCAACACAGAGAGAGCCGUAUGAGGAUAGUUCUAGUAGUGUUUCUGCAUCACUUCAAUUGCCCAAUGUUCGGCGUCUUCCUUCACUCUCCACACUGAGUGAAGCAGAUGAUACCAUUGUGAGGGGUGAUGAAUCCGAUAGUGUUGUGGAUUCCGUUUUCUCCCAGUUGAAGAUUGAUGAUGCUAGAUAGAGUAUCGAGCACUUCAAGGCAGACAUCUAUUGCCAAAUGUCUUGAGUAUGUACCUGCUUUUAAGAUAGAAUUUUCAACCUUUCGUCCUUUUUUUUUUUUCAGUAGUUUUUGUUGUCAGUCUAUUGUGGUUUAAAUAACUUUAUGAAAGCAAUUGUAAAACCAUUGAUUAUUAGUCAAUUCUAUGCUGGCAAUAAAUUAUUGAUAAAUAGUUCCAUUUCAUACAACACUUGUUUGCACUAGUGGAUAUACCAUAGACUGCCACUAACCAUGCUAUAUUAAAUACAUACUUUCGUUUUUUUCAUCAUCCCUUUUCUGGUUUCAAUGGUAUCUAAAUCAGCUUGUACAGGAAGAAGAGAGUGGCACUGAUGCCCUAGCAGCCAGUGAACAUACCUCCCGGUAUUAAAAUGAAUAAAAAAUGGGUAAUUGUUUAUGUGAAAAGAAAACCUUGACAGUAAUUAUGGUAUUAAAAAAGCAUUCCUGCAUCGGCUUGAAAGAAUGGAUAUCAUGGUUGUUCUAGCCAAAAAAACAGUCACUUUAAGUAACAGCGUUUAAAGUGAAACCUUCUAAAAUGAUGAUAAUCCCACAGAUAUGUCUAAUUCCCUCUAGAGAUAUUGGUUCUUGAAAGACAAUGCUUUAGGUGAUCUUGGAUCUUAACUUCUAAGUUAGAUUAGUGGGGUGAAAUCCCACUAAAUUCUGCGUACGUGUUGGGUUUAUGCAUUCCUAUAUGUUGGGUUUGUGUGGAUAGUCCC